AUGACUGCUUCCACCUCGUCCAAGGUCAAGGUCACCGAUAAGACCUUGCGCGUCGAGAGAGCGAAGGAGUAUCCACAACAAGUCUGGUACUUAAUUGCCUGCUUCAUUGCGACUGUCGCGCUUUUCCAGUUCGUGUCCUGGGCCGUGACCAAGCUCACGAAGAAAGCGCCUUCGUCGGGUGAUGCAGAGAGCGGUGCUCGGGCCUCCCGCCGCGGAUUCUCGAUUCGCCACAUCCCCCGUGCAAUCAUAAAUUUCUACAGGGUGAUUGCCUUCCGCUGGACGUUACAGAUCGGCAGCUCGUACACUCUCAACCUUGCCGAGGUGUUCGUCAUCUGCGGAUAUACAGCCGCUCUUUUUGUGUGGGAGUUCAUAAAUAGUGAGUCGCCUCCGCAGGGGCAGGAGCACAAGUGCUAA